CGGAAAAGCCGUAUUUACCAACGACAACGUAGACUUAAGCUCUGCGCCGCCAGUGACGUUCCAAGAAAAGGGCACUGACCUCUACUCUAUCUAUUGGUGUGCUGCUACCGGAGAAUUGAGGCCCCCGAAGGCUACUUGGCCUUCCGAGAACGGGAACGACGCGAGCGAGCUUGUUAAGGAGAUGCGCUUCAUUGGGGCAGACAAGAUGUGGGAGACAUCGGGCGAGUAUCGGGCUUCCGUCAUACUGGACCACGUGUGCGUUCUCUUGAAUGUCAUUUUCUGGUGCGGCAUACUACUUUGGCGACAAAGUUUAUGACCUCACGAAUCCGUAUUCGUAAGCGUAACCUCUUUGACAGUUUAAAGUUCUUUGAAGAUGAUCAUUAUCAUAUUUGUUAGAGUUUUGCUCCAAAAGCGGAAGGAAUAUUCAUUCAAAAAUUACAUUUACUCUGUAGAACUUGAUGAACUUCUAGAAAGAAAAGUAUAUCAAAUAAGAAGGAUGGAUGUGGAUCUUUUAUUAUUAAUAUGGGUCUAAGGAACGCACGGCUGAAGAGCGAGCGCGGAGACGUUGCUUUCUCCUUAUUAACAGUCGACGACGAGAAGUCAAGAGCCGCGAUCACCGAUCCAAACUUGCCUCCCGAUGCCGUGAGCAAUCCUGAAGAGUACGCGCUCGUUUUGCACAAGCUCACCAAAAGUUUUGCCGGAAAGCGGUCGCUUGCCAAUGACGAGAUUUCCUUCGCAGUGAAGCGGGGCGAAAUCUUCGGACUACUAGGUCACAACGGAGCUGGCAAGACGACGAUGGUGUCGCAGAUCGUCGGCAUGAUUCCCUGCACCGAUGGGAAUGCAUACGUCGACGGCAAAAGCAUUCGCACGGACCCCGCCGAAGUGCAGCAGCGAGUAUCCCUGUGCCCACAGGUGAACCCGUUUUGGGUCGGUUUCACGUUGCGCGAACACGCGAUGUUGUUUGCGCAGUUUCGGGACCCGUUUCGCGACCCCCAUGAGAUCGACGCGAAAAUCUCGGAGUACGCAGAGGGGCUCGGACUUCGGCGCAAGCUGGACGGUUUGUGCGAGGAACUCUCCGGGGGGCAGAAGAGACGGCUCUGGGUGCUCUGCGCGUUACUGGGGGAAACUCCGCUGGUGCUGAUGGACGAACCCACGUCCGGCAUGGACCCCCAAGCAAGGCGCGACUUCUGGCACAUGCUCAAGCGCGUCGUGAAGGAGGAAAACCGCGCCGUUGUCUUUUCGACCCACUAUUUGGAGGAGGCUGACCUUCUGGCCGCACGCAAGGUUAUUCUCAGUCGCGGUCGUGUGAUGGCUCUCGGAACAAGCGCAGAAUUUUAAGACUACAACGAAGUUAGUUUUUCAUGAUCAUCUACUUAAAGAAAUAUUGUUGGCAUGACUGAUGGGUAUUUCGUCUAUCCCGGGUGGCGGAUGCUAACCAAGGACAUAGACAUACUCAUACUAUACCUGGGUGUUCCUAUUAGUACAACUACAACAUGUAUGGAUCUGUAGCUUAAUGAUUGACUCUGUGAAAGAAUUUGAAUCAGCAGCCCGAUUAAUUCUGGCAACCUGAAACUGAACGAAUACAUACCAUAGAAAUAUGAAUACCUCCGCUAAUAUGGGAAACACCAAUGGGGGGUCGGUUAUUGGUUGCACAUCGCAGUCAAACCAGAAGCAGUGUCGGAUGGAGCUGCUGCAAAGCGCAUCCUAGAAAUCGAAAUCGGCAAGGAGAUUGUCGCCAUGCACGCAGCAGUACACACGCUGAAAACUGAGGGUGGGGAC